UUCGAAGAUCGCCAAGUCGCCAUGAACCACAUUGUGAAGGCAGUGCGCCAGUCCACCAAGCAAGCGAGCACGCGCGCGUUCUCGAGCAAGGCCGUGCUGCCCGACUUGCCAUACGACUACAAUGAGUUGGAACCCGUCAUCUCGGCGAAAAUCAUGGAAUUGCACCACAGCAAGCACCACGCUGCGUAUGUCGCCAACUACAAUGCGCUCUCGGAACAGUACGCGGAAGCCCAGGCGAAGAACGACGUUCAAAAGUUGAUUGCUUUGCAACAAGGCAUCAAGUUCAACGGUGGUGGACACGUGAACCACUCGAUCUUCUGGACGAACUUGGCUCCCCCGAAGAAGGGUGGGGGAGGUGAACCCACUGGGGCAUUGAAGUCGGCGAUCGAAAAGGAAUUUGGAUCGUUCGAAGCGUUCAAAACUACGUUCAAUGCCCAAACGGCGGCUGUCCAAGGUAGUGGCUGGGGCUGGUUGGGGUACAACCCUACCCAAAAGCGCGUACAAUUUGCUGCGCUGGCGAACCAAGAUCCGUUGAGCACGGUUGGGCUGAUUCCUCUCUUGGGCGUGGAUGUAUGGGAACAUGCGUACUACUUGGACUACAAGAACGUUCGCCCUGACUACCUCAAGGCGAUUUGGGAAAUCGUCAACUGGAAGAACGUCGAGGAGCGCUUCAACGCAGCUUCCAAGUGAUUGCGGUGCACGUAAAUGAAGUAAUCCACAGUGUUUUGCUCGUUUCACGCAUCUGGAAAGGCCACGAGACGCUCCCCACGACCCUUCCACAUGUAGUAUUCCAGGACCUUUGGAACCAUGGCAAUGCCUGCCGGUUCAAGCUGUUUUGUUAAGCGCAAGCACGAUCUCGAACGAUA